UCUUUUUCUUUUUUUAAUUUACAAAAAAGAUGGAUACAAAAACAAACAUGAUACUCGAAAAAAAAAAAAAACCCAACCCACAUCAGCCUAUAUUUUAAAAAGAAAACGUAUUCAAAAUAUCACACAAAAAGAAUAAUCAUACCUAUUCUUGAAUGCUGGCAGUACAAGUACUUUUUUGUAGUGCAUUCGUAUAUGUACGGAUAUAUACACAAACUUGCUAUGUUAGGCCUUACAUGCAAUCAUUUUAAUUUUCUUUGAAAUACAUAAUUACUCUUAAUUCUAUAAGAUGUACACAUCUUUUUUUUUUCUACAUAGCGAUUUCCUAAGGUAUUGAGAUGAUUCUCAUGUUUAUAAUCGCAUUUAAAUAAUUAAUUUACGUAACUGCUGGUGAGAAUAAUUCUUCAAGGCAUGGGGUGGUAUAUUUACUGUAGAAUGAAUAUUACAUUGUUUAAUGCAUAAUUCAUGUUUAUCGGGUAAAACGUAUUGAAUUUGGUGUCUUUCAUUCGUCAAAAUCGAUAUUGUUCUGACUAAUCAAGUACGAGAUGUGCGUUCUCCUGUGUUUCUGUGCUGCCCGCACGAGGCACUUUGUGUUUGACAUUUCACUAUUACUGCGUAGUCCUUUACCAAGAAAGAAAUUAACAUAUUCAUGUGAAGUAAUAUUUAUCUAUAUAAAUUAUUUACUCGAAGUGGUUUCACAGUGCUGACAUAACGGCGAGAUGGAAUACAAUUUAGUAACUCUGCGAUUGGCAUGUCAAGAAAUUGGAUGUAACUUUGAACAGUUAAACGCGUGUGCGCUCUGAUACAAAGGGUAUGAGAUGAUAAUUUCAUAUCGAUUGGCGUAUUUCACAACCUUGGCACAAGAGUUGAGUCGCUCAUGACGGUGGCAUGGUGUCUCAAGUUAAAACAUUCGAAAUGCUUUCAUUUGAGUUUUACUCCAGCGUGUAUCAGCAUGAAACUUGAAUCAAUAAGAGAAUGAGAUGCGAAUACUGCAAUGCGUGUUUAGAAGUGUUCCUUUAAAACUCCGAUAAUAAUAAUGUUUUCAAAAGCGCGUUAAUGGUCAUACAGUGGCGAUUAUGAUUUAACAUUGAGGAUAGUGUACUUAUUUUAAUGUGUGUUCCAUCCUGCCAAAUGUCGGAUCCUUGAACGCCAUAAAUAACUAUAUAUCCGCAUUCAUUUAACGGAACUGAGUUAAUGGAAUAUGUCGACAAUCAAAAGAGCUUACAUGGAGAUAUCAAAUGGAAUCCGUGGACUGCGAUUCAGGAGCGACCAGCAAGCGCAACAAAACAGCAACCAGGGACCCCAGGGUGGGCGAGACAGUCAGCUGACCCAGAGGUUCAAUGUGAACGGCAGUGGGGCCAUGAAUGUGAGAAUUGUACGAUCCCCCAAACCGCUUAUUGCAAGAAAAAUUCGGAGUUUAUUCAGCAAGAGCCAACCGGAUACUAUUUUGGAUCUAUUCACAGAUGAACGAUUUUUGGCCAAGUUCUUUUUCUAUUUUGCCCCAGAAGAACGAGGAACGUUGUGCCAGGUGUGCAAAUUGUGGAGAAAUGUGUUAUAUCAUCCCAAAUUCUGGGUGGAUGUGACCCCCAUUAUCAUUUGCCGUGACCUUAGCCGUAUUGAUGACCAAAGGAGCAAAUUCUACGAGAGCCUUCAACAGCGGGGGUUCGACAAUGUCUGUCUCUUUGGCGCUACUGACAACGAAGUUUCGGAUUUUGUUGCUCAUUUUCAAACUUUCAAAAAACAAAUAAAAGCCAUAAGUCUACGCUGCUCAAAUGUGACUGAUACGGGUAUGGAGAUCUUAUUUAAGAAACUGCCUUGUUUGUAUAAGGUUGAACUGUCAGGUUGUAACGAAAUAACGGAGACGGGUUUAUGGUCCUGUCUGAAUCCUAAAAUAGUGUCUCUGACAAUUAGUGACUGCAUUAACGUUGCUGAUGACACUGUAGGAGCCAUCGCACAGCUACUUCCGUCUCUAUUCGAACUCAAUCUUCAGGCCUAUCACGUGACUGAUGCUUCUUUGGCCUUCUUUAGCGCCAAACAGGGAUACAUUCUGUCAAUUUUAAGAUUACAUUCCUGCUGGGAGAUCACAAAUCAUGGUAUUGUUAACAUUGUACAUUCCUUGCCGAAUUUGACUGUCUUGAGCAUGUCGGGUUGCAGCAAAAUAACGGACGAUGGGGUAGAACUCAUCGCUGAAAAUCUCAGAAAACUUCGUUCUCUGGACCUCUCAUGGUGCCCUCGUAUUACCGAUGCGUCACUAGAGUACAUUGCCUGUGAUUUAAGCCAACUGGAAGAACUCAUUCUUGACAGGUGCUCUCGGAUUACAGACAUUGGUGUGGGGUACUUGUCCACGAUGACGUCACUACGUCGUUUAUUCUUACGCUGGUGUACUCAGAUUAGGGAUUUCAGUCUGAAGCAUAUAUAUUCGAUGAGAAAUCUACGUGUUCUGUCACUUGCAGGGUGCACUUUGGUGUCUGGUCAAGGGUUAUGUGGAUUAACACAGUUACAUAACUUAGAUGAACUGGAACUGACAAAUUGCCCCAGCGCAUCUCAGGAAGUGUGCCUCUACCUCCGGGAGAAUAUGAUCCAUUGUCUCGUGGUGGACUAAGUGCCUCCAGGCAAAUCCCGGAAUUAUAAUCACGUGACAUGUCAUAUAAGGAUCACGUGACUACUGUAUCUGGAAAUGUUGUGAAUGAACACUUUCCGCGUAGUGUGCGUUUGUGGAAAUAAAUUCCGAGAUUACAUAUCGUCCUAUUUGGUGAUUACUACAUCGAUAACCCCCUUUUUUGGAAAAUUUAUAUGCUGUAUAUCCUGAAAAUUUUCUUCAGCUUUAUCUCUUUUCAAAAACAAUUUGUACAGAAUGCUUGUUAUCUCUGGAAAUAAAUAAUUACAAAAAAUUAGGAAUGUUGUUUCAGUGCGGGGGACGAUGAUAAUUCUGUUUGGAGAUAAGGGAAUCGUUUACAUUAUACACACAAUGGGUACACAUCGUGUUUCUCUGCCGUUAGUAUUAAGAGAGAGCAUUGGAAUAACUCCACAAGAAUUUACUGUUAGUUGUUUGUUCACAAGUUUAGCACACCUCCAUAAGUUAGAUGACUUCUUGGAUCGUUGAACGUAAAAAUAAGAAAAAUAUUUUACCAAACUGAGUAAGAUGUGAUAGACAGGGGUGGGAUGUGAUGAUCAUUAAUUAACACGUACAUACCGUGGCAUGUCAGUUUUGUAUCCAGUUUGCAGAGAAACAAGAGCAGAGGCGGGAUUACGUGUUAAUUCGUCGUUGUUCUCGUUUGAUAACUCUCUAAGUGAUAUUUGUUAUAUUAGCAGUCUCUUGAUCUAUUGAAACUUCGUGGGUUGAAAAGAGAAACAAUAGUUCCAAAAUGGUUCUGCUUAUCGUACAGAAAGUCUCUCUCUGAGAUCUAUACUUUUAUUGUUUGGUGAUAAAAAAAAAAG